UACAAGUAUCGUCAAUCCGUCUGCUCGUUUUCGAAGUUGCUUGAAAUUUUGUCUAACAAAAAUAACAACAUAAUAUCGCGGGUUUUAGGUUUAUUUGUAAAAGUAUAAAUAGGAAGGAACUUUUUUCUUGAUGCCAGAGAGAUUUAAUAGUAUAGGAAGCCAGCUGUCACCCAUUUAAUGACAUAAAUCUGAAGUACUACAAUCUACUAAGUUACAAACCUUAAAAUGUUCAAUAUCAAGGUGAAUCCUCGCAAGGCGAAGCAAAACCAAGACCUUCAGUCACUUUCAAAAGAAGAGCUGAUUGAUCGUGUUCAACAGUUGGAGUCACAUGUGAUUCAACUAAGAAAUUUGCUAAAACCGAAAAGUGUUCCUGAUAAGCAUGAAAUGAAACAGAAAGCUUUUGAUCACAAAAAAUAUGCCAAAAGACAUGUGUUGCUACAAGUGGCUUAUGUUGGUUGGGACUAUGCUGGUUUUGUUGUCCAAGAACAUACUGAGAAAACUAUUGAGGCUGAAGUGUUUAAAGCAUUGGAAAAAACUCGAUUAUUAGAGAGUCGUGAAACAAGUAACUACCACAGAUGUGGUAGAACUGACAAAGGUGUUAGUUCUUUUGGACAGGCUAUCUCUAUUGAUUUGCGCUCCAAUUUAUCAGAAGGCAAAGGUGUUUUUAUUCCAGAUGGCCAUCAAGCAAAAGUUGGAAACACCGUCGAAAUCGACUAUGUUGGUAUACUUAAUAAAGUUCUUCCUCCUGAAAUCAGAAUGAUAGCUUGGGCGCCGAUAAAUCAAUCUCUGAGUGCUCGUUUCGACUGUCGGCAAAGAACGUACCACUAUUACUUUCCAAAGGCUAAUCUCAAUAUAGAGAGAAUGAGAGUCGCCUCACAAUCGUUGAUUGGGGAACACGACUUUCGCAACUUGUGUAAAAUGGAUGUGGGCAAUGGAGUCAUUAAAUUUGAUCGGCGAAUAAUGGACAUUCAAAUUGAAGCCAUCGAUGAUGAUAAGACGAAUAGCUAUUCAAUGAUACGAUUGAAAUUAAUAGGACAAGCAUUUCUCUGGCAUCAAGUCAGGUGUAUUGUUGCCAUACUUUUUCUUAUUGGACAAGGUAAAGAAGAAACGACAAUUAUCCAAGAAUUACUUGACGUUGAACGCAAUCCUAGGAAACCUCAGUAUGGGAUGGCGUCUGAAAUUCCACUUAAUUUGUUCACUUGUACUUAUUCCGAUGAUGACUGUCAAUGGAUUUACGAUGCGGAAUCUCUUCGAUAUGUGAUAAGCGGUUAUCAGACGCUUUGGGCCGAAAAUAGCAUUAAGGCGACGAUGAUUAAAGAAAUGUUGAACAGCCUAGAAGGUUUGCUUGAUGACAAAAUUGAAAGUCAGUUAAAAGGUCUGGUAUAUGGAGUUGAACCGAAAACGUAUCUGCCGUUAAUGGAAAGGCAAAAAUGCGAAAGUUUGGAAGAGCGUAUCCACGUAUACGCCAAGCGCCAACGAAUAGAAGUAAUUGAAACUGACGCCAAUUGCCCUUGAUGCCUGAUCAUGUGUUAAAACUGCAAUUGUGAAUAAAACUUCUGUACCAAGGAUCAUGCUUUAUUUAAUUUGAAUUUUUAGGGGUUUAAAUUGUUGCCAUAGCCAUAUUAUACUCGCAUAAAACGCUACUUUUGAAAGAAAAUCACCUAUUCUUGUUCAAGAUAUUAAGGGAAAGAUUUAUUAAUCUCAGAAGAAAAAAAAUGUCACA